CUUGGCAACACCGUUUACAUAUACCAACUCCGCCACACUACGAACCAAGUCACCAAGGCGAGCUUGAUUUUCACAAACAUUUUCCGAGGACGGAACGAUGCAGGCCCUGCUGUGUUUGUCAACAGUGCGAAAUUCGUAGCGGCCGUUAUUAUCCAUUUUACGAUAUGGAAGUGAUUUCAACGGGGACUUCUAGACUAUUUUUAACUUCUCCAGUGGAAAAUAAAGAUGAUUUAGAAGAGAAACUAGAAAGAAGUUACCAAUUUCUUCAAAGCACAACAGCUGGAUUAAGUGAUAAAGAUGCACACGAGGCUCUUAACAAGGCACUCUUGAAGGAAAAAGGUUAUGAAGAAGUGUCAUUUGGACUUUUGGUUACAAUUUUAACAGAACCACACAAUGCAGCCAAAAGUUAUAGGGACUUAACUUUAAUAACUCGUGAUGGGUUUGGGCUAAUAGUUACAAAUUUAUCUCAGUUAGUGUUGGACAGAUACUUACGUUUUAAUGAAGUGGUAAAACAACAGUUAAUAUGGCUCUUAAGAGAAAUGAUAAAAAAUGCUGUGACCAAUGUGGACACUUUAGUGUGGAAUUUGAUGAGGCAUGCAGCAGGAGGUGAUGUAUCCCCAAAAAAUAUUACGCUUAUUGAAUCCAUUCUUGAUGUUUUUAUAGAAUAUAGAAGUUGGUUAGAGAAAUUUCCACUUUUAAUAGCAUCAGUAGUUUAUACAUAUUUAAGACUAAUAGAAGAUCACAAUGCGCCUUAUCUAUCAAGUUUGAGACAAAAAGAGGUUAAUUUUUUAAUAAGUAUUAUGAGGGAUCAUUUUCAUGAAUGUUUAGUAAUUGGAAGAGAUUUAGUUAGACUUUUACAAAAUGUUGCAAGGAUACCUGAAUUUGAACAACUUUGGAAGGAUAUAUUACUAACUCCUAAGUCACUGUCUCCUAAUUUUAUUGGAGUUCUACAGCUGUUGCAAAAUAGAACAUCACGUAGGUUUCUUCAAUCAAGGUUAACACCAGAAAUGGAAAGAAAACUUGUGUUUUUAACUUCUCAAGUCAGGUUUGGGAAUCAUAAACGUUAUCAAGACUGGUUUCAGCGACAGUACUUAGCUACUCCAGAAUCACAAAGUCUUCGAUGUGAUAUAAUACGCUUUAUAGUUGGUGUUAUCCAUCCAACAAAUGAAUUACUUUGCUCUGACAUAAUACCUAGAUGGGCUGUUAUUGGGUGGCUAUUAACAACUUGUACGUCAACUGUGGCAGUUUCUAAUGCUAAACUAGCCCUUUUUUAUGAUUGGCUAUUUUUUGACAGUGAAAAAGAUAAUAUUAUGAAUAUUGAACCUGCCAUUUUAGUAAUGCACAAUUCCAUGAGGUCACAUCCUGCAGUUUCAGCUACUUUACUGGAUUUUUUGUGUAGAAUUAUAACACAUUUUUACCCUCCACUAGUGGAAAAAGUUAAGGCAGGCAUUUUUACCUCAUUAAGACAAAUUUUAGAUAAGAGAGUUUUGCCUUCACUUCUACCUCUCUUUGAUAACUCUAAGUUGGAUAGAGACUUGAGGAAUAUGGUUCAAGAUACAUUUAGGGAGUUUUGUAAUGCAGCACCUUCAGAAUCCUCUUCAAAAGAACUUUCAAAUACGCCCAACUCUAUUAAAUAUGAGGAGAAUGAAUCUGUUUCUCUCAUGAAUAAUCAUAUAAUAUUGGACAGUGAGCCGGCUUUCAGUGAUGAUGAAGAAGAUCCUGGCUUAAGAAUAACCACACCUAUUAGUUAUGAUACGGAUGAAGAUGAGGAUGACAUGCCACUCUCCAAAAUAAAAUUAAAAGACAAAAAUAAGCAUGACAAUUUUAUAGAAGGACCUAUAGGGGAUACACUUCAAAAGCUUCAAAAGGAACUGGAUUCCGAUGAAAGAAAUGAUCUAAUGGAAAAGCUCAUUGAACAAGUAAUAGAUUUAGAUGAAGAUGAUGAAAAUCUACCAGCAGUAGCAAAAUGUCUUGUUACUUGUGUAAAAGAUGAAGUGAAAGGGGAGAUAUUCCCUGAUUUUUUAACUGAAGAAAACCUAAAUGAUAGCAUGAAGUCUCCACUAUUUACUUUAUUUAAAACUCUGUAUGGGUUUGGUAAAGAUGAGAUAGGAAAAGAUGUCCUCUAUAAAUUAACUGCUGAAAUGUAUAGUGAUAUGCCAUGUAUGGGUUACCUGCUCAUUUAUUACCUCAAAGCAAAAAUAUGGAGAGAAAACAAGAAAGAAGAUCAUUCUGUUGCAAGUGCUCUAAAGAUAAGCGUAUACAAAGACUUUUGCCACAGCAUAGAAAAGAAAAUAGACAUUUGUUUAUUUGAUGACUUACAUGCUUGUCAUAUCAGUGAUACAAAAUUAAUGAUGUGGAUAGUGCCAGAUCUAUAUAGGGACUUUAAACAGCAAACUUUAAAUAAUGCUCAGGUUUUGAGGGUAAUAAUUUCAGCAAUAGAUCCUAAGCAAUUACAAACCUUAGUGGGUAAAGUGCUUCAAGGACAUCUUAUGAUGUUCAAGACAGAAACUAUCAUACCUGUUUUAAAAGCCAGCCUGAGCUGGGAGAGCAUUGAACAGUUUUUCCUCUGGCAACUUGUCAGUGCUCAUAAUGUCUCGAUAGAUACAGUUUUACCAUUAAUUACAGAGUUAGACUAUGAACAACACUCAGAAGCUUUAAUGGCAAUUACGCUUAUGCUUAAACUGGAGAAACCAAAUGCAGAUUACAUAAAAUAUUUGUUCUCCAGGGACAUUUGUGAUCAUGGUGAUCUAUUUGUGUUUACCAUUAUAAAAUAUUGGUGUGAUGAGUAUAUAGACAAAGUGGCUGAACUAAUUUCAUCAUUAUUAAGCACAAGGUAUCCUUCAACCUCUCCUAAUAAGCGGAAAAGAUCUAGUACAAGUAAGACUUUAAGUGCUACAGUGCCUAGUGCAGACCAAGUGCUGGGACAUUUGGAAAAGUUGAGAAUUAUUUGUGAAAAACAUGAUUGCAUGGCAAUUUACACCCUAGACUCUAUGCAGAGGGCUCUCAGCAUUGCACACAACAACAGCAAUGACGGCCAAAGGAAGCAAUUUAAUGAACUAUUUGCUCUAAUGGAGGAGGAAGAAGAAGUCAGCUCAACUAAGAGGUCCCAAGGAAGGGGGAGGAAACCUGCCAACAAAAAUACUGUUAGUAAAAGACAGACUGUUAGGGAGAUUUCAGAUACAUCUGAAGAAAGUAGUGAGGAAGAAGAAAUUGUGAAACCCAAGCAAGCGAAGAAGCGGAAAAAAGUGAUGUCGGACAGCGAUUGA